CCCUCUGCUGUGAGCACGCGCCACUCUGCGAAUAUCCUGGAUCACCGACCAUCCCCUGUCCCGUCGUUUCCCUCUUCGUCCUUCGAUCCCUCCAUCCCCGGUGGAAGAGUUCAUCCACGAAGCACCGUUCGCCGCGCCGGCCAGUCAGCGCCAAAAAGUGCACAGUUUCACCACAACAUCCCGUGUAUCGUACGAUUCUACUACGUCGGUGAUCGAAUCGUGACAAUCUGACGGUGGACAGUUUCUUCUUUGUUCGAAAAUUCCAAGUGGCUGUUGGUUCAGUGACCGCAUUAGCGUGCCGCUACGAAUUCGAUCGCUCGGUCGUUCCUAUCUCGGCAACGUUUCACCAUUGCCGGACUCGUUCGGAAUCAGCUGCUCGCUCGACAGGAAAAUUAUUUAUUCGCAUUAUUUAUUCAAACGCGUCGCUACACUACUUACUUUUUGUCUACGUCACCAUCGCGAAGUGCGAGAUCUUCCGAUUCGAAGGAAUCGGAACGUUUGGCCGUCGCCAUGGUUCAGACAUAGAACUAAACCGAGUGCGAGUAAAAUCCAAUCACCGUGUCCGUGAUCAUGUGCAUCAUGGACAUCGAAGAGAUGCGCGAUCUCUUCGACGAACGAGUCUAGUUAAAUCGACUGAAAUCGCCGCGGUCCGAUCGGUGGUGUCAAGAACGAAGAUGAGUGGUGACUCGUAAAACGGCAGUGCAAAGAUCAAGUACUAUCGUAAGAACAACUGUAAUAAUAAUACGGUGAUUCGUCGUUCGUAUAGCCAGUGCGUCUCGCGAUUAGUCUGCAAGCGAUUUGACGAAAGCGAAUGUGAAGGUACUCUGAGAGGAAAUUGGGUGCAGAGAGGACAUCGAUAAUUCUUUUUACACAGAUGCGAACCGCGAACACCGAUGUGAAGAGGAAGCGCGGCUACCGCUGCUGGUAUCGUUCUGUUUGAGGGCGUCGGUUUUCGACUGGUUUAGGUCUAAGCCUGGCAGCUUAGCCUCGACUAGCUUCAGGAUGAUGUACUCGCCGGACAAGAUGAUGGGGAGCAAGGGGCUCCACGGGGCACCCAUCACGGCCCCGGGCUGUUUCCCUUCGGGAAGGUAUUCGCCGCCGCCUUAUCGUGCCGCACCGGAUCCCAUGCCGCCACCACCGCGACGCUGUAUGCCCAACCCUACGAGUCGUAUAUUGGAAGAUGCCUCCAUUAUGUGCAAUUCCUGGUCACCGAGGCAUAACGGUGACUUAUUCGGGGGACUGAACAGCGGUCUACAAGACGGCUUACUUUCGAGGGCGGAAGCUUUGGCGGCGGAUUUGGGAAAACACAACGCGGGCACCCCAAUGCCUUUGAAGCACGACCCUGUUUCCGUCUAUCAUCAUGGAACCCACAUGCCAACCCCCCAUCCAAAUAACCGGCCACAUCAUCAGGUACAUUCACACCUCUUUAUGAGCCAUCCGGGAAUGGAGAGUCUGGACAUGCUGGAUCCAGCAAACUCGAUGACCACAUUGACGCCAAUGUCAGAGAACACCGGCGGUGGACCAGGUCAUCAUGCUGGAAUUCACGGUCCCUCGGUUUACGGGGGGAUGAACGGAAUGAUGGGCCAUCAUCAUCAUCACGGAAAUUUGGGCGGCGGCGGAGGUAGCGUACCACAUCCGGCUCAUCAUCACCCAGCGAUGGCGGCGGCAGCAGCAGCAGCCGCGGCCGCGGGUCUUCAUCCAGAUGCAGACACGGAUCCACGAGAGUUGGAAGCAUUCGCGGAAAGGUUCAAACAGAGACGCAUCAAGCUGGGCGUGACGCAAGCCGAUGUCGGGAAAGCUUUGGCAAAUUUAAAGUUGCCAGGCGUUGGAGCGCUAUCUCAAUCCACGAUAUGUCGAUUCGAGUCGCUCACGUUAUCGCAUAACAACAUGAUCGCGCUGAAACCGAUCUUGCAAGCGUGGCUGGAGGAAGCAGAGGCCCAGGCGAAGAACAAGAGACGAGAUCCCGACGCUCCGUCGGUGUUACCAGCCGGCGAGAAGAAAAGAAAGAGAACGAGUAUAGCCGCGCCCGAGAAACGUUCUCUGGAGGCGUAUUUCGCUGUGCAACCACGGCCGUCCGGCGAGAAGAUCGCCGCGAUCGCGGAGAAGCUGGAUCUGAAAAAGAACGUGGUUAGAGUUUGGUUUUGCAACCAACGGCAGAAGCAGAAGCGCAUGAAAUUCGCGGCUCAACAUUGACCCGAGGGUGGCUUGUGACAGCAAAACUGACCGUAUCAGUUGCCCAGUCUCGAGCCUAAACCAGAACCCUUGACCGAGUUUCAGGGAUGGCCGUAAACAGAAACGGACAAUAUAAGAGCACGAAAGACGCGAUCGCUGUGGGAAUGGAAUUAUGUACAUACGUACA